AGGUUUUCUGAAACAUUUGAUUUAGCAUCCUUUUAGCACGUGCACGGAAAUCUAGAAAAUCUUGCAAAAAUGUUUUUUAAAUAUUUUCUAAUUUGUUGCCUAUUUCAACAGUUGUUGGCAGAUUGGUUAUCUGAUGACUGUAUACUUGCCGAAAGUCAUACAGAGCUCUUAGCACGCAAUCGUCUUUAUGAUGCUAAGGAGGCUUGCGAUAUCACUGACAACGGCAAAUGUUACGGAGCAACCGGCAAUGAUCAAUCUGAAAGCGAAGCUUGUGUUGCCUAUAAUAACUGUUUGAAAGAGGUAUUAGAUGUUUAUCAAUUUUCUAUUAAAGAUUAUGAAUAUGCAACAAAUCUAUUUACCGAGUCCAUCACAGAAGUUUGUAAUGAAUGUAAUGGAUUUUUAAAAUAUGCAAAAGUUUUCCAUAAUUUAUUUCAAUUACAUUUAAUGUGCGAAUAUAAGUAUUACAUUGAUAAAGCUAAGUUACAGCACAAUAUGUAAAUAAAAGAGUAAUAUUUGUUCAUGAUCGA